AUGUCAACGGGCAUCCAGAAGAAUCCCGAGUGGUAUCCGGGCCUCACGACCUCCAGCAGCUUCGAGGAGGUCCAGCAGUUUCUGUAUCUUUCCGAGUCCAACACCAACUGUGCGAAGCCCUGUGAGCCUCUCUGCACGAGCCGACAGCUCUGCAGCGCCAUGGGCGUGAACGUCUUCGGCUACGACGGCUUCAGAGAUGCGGCCGCUGUUGCCACGGCUGUGGGGAAUCUUUUUGCACAGGGCGUGCGCAACUUCCGCGUCAUCAACGUGGGAGGUUGGGCCAACACCGCGCUGGAAGCCAUUGACCUGGCCGCGGCGGGCAGCCAGGAGCCCACGUCGGUACAGAUCACGAGCCUCUUUUUCGAUUCGCCUGCAACGUGCGACAGCUUGCCCUCGUGGAUGGACUUCUCCAUGUCCGUGGCCCUCGAGAAACUCGCGAAGCUGACGCACGUCUCACGGAUCUUGGUGCAGAUCGACACCUGCAGUAUCUGCCAGUCCUCACCACUGUACUGCAUCAAUCCGACGGAGCAGGGUUUCGGUCAGGUGCAAGAGUCGAGCCAAGCAAAAGUCUUCGCCGACUUCAUCCAGAAUGAGUACUUCGACCGAAUCAAGGAGGCCCAUGCGGCUUUUCCCAUCAACGUGGAGUUCGUGAUUCCCUUCCAAAACGAGCAGAGCAGCCCGCUCUCCAUGCUGACGGCGCUUCAGGCUCAGCUGGCGCCAUUGCAGGCAGCCGGCAGAAGGUUUCAUCUGGAAGGGACCGUCUAUCCUUUCUGGACCCCCGGAUCUCUCUGGGCGCCCUUCGAUUCUGCCGUGACCAAGGGCUUCAUGGAUUUUGCCCAGGACCUGGGCUUUGACGGCUUCGUGGUCGCUGAAACCGGAUGGCCGCAAAAGUGCAGUGCCAGCAACACCCGGCCACCCAACCUGGAGAACAUGUGCCGCUACUGGCGCAGCACCCUGCGCGAGGUGGAGGCCUUGGCCGCAAAGGGUCGGCUGCUGUCCUACCACUGGAAGAUGGGCCCCGCCAACGACGGGAGCUGUGGGGAGCAGACCUGGGGGCUCUUCGAGCCCGACGGGUCGGCGGUGUGCGAAGACAUCUGGGACAUCUGA